CUGUGCAGCUUCAUGUUGUUUACCUCCGCAAUCAGUGAAAGAGCAAUCUAAUGUGGGCUUCUUGAACCCCCAAAGUUGACUGUGAAUUCACUAAAAACUGUCAAAAUAAUGACGCGAACCUCUCAAUAACGUCAAAAAGUCAAGUGGUCUCCCCAAAAAACCGUGACCAUUUUGCGAAGACCCUCGAAAAAUCUAAUGGACAGGGAUGCAGUGAGUCCCUUUCAUUAUUUCUCUGACUAAAUCAAAGGGGGCCCAACCCUACGAGAUUAUCUGCGCGGUAGAACAAAGGUCAGUAGCCAACCUCAAUAUUUUAGAUCACAAUUACCUGGAGGUGAAUAUUGAGACAAACGAUUCAGUCGAUACAUUCAUGAAUAUCGAGCUAGAACCGCCUAACGAUCCUGGCCUGGGGGAGAGUCCUAGUCCCAGUGCCGAGGAGGAGGAAGAUGAGGACGACGACAACAUAAUCUUGUCAUCAGUUGAUUUAGAAAAUGUGGGUAACAUCGAAAUAAUCGAGAACGUCGAAAACGUUGCGAACAUAAUCGAAGUGCAGGCCAUAAAUGACAAUUCCCAAGAGGGUGCGCCCGAGAUCCUGGAAGUGGCAAUACCCCAAGUGGAGAUACCCCAAAACGAGGACUCAACAGCGUCCUCAGCGACAUCCUCAUCAGCCCCCGAGUCCGAGGAGGAGAAGCCGCGAAAGAAGAGAAAAUUGGAGUUGGAUGAACCAAAGUCCCUGACACAAGAGUCCGAUGAACCUGACGAGGGUAGAUCCUGUCCCAUAUGUAUGGAGCCCUGGACGAAUUCCGGUGAUCAUCGUCUCUGCUCAUUGGCCUGCGGUCACCUGUUCGGUCACAAGUGUGUUCUCAGAUGGCUGAAGCAAGAGUGCACAGCACAAAAUCGCCGGUGUCCCCAUUGCAACACAAAGGCCCACACCAAGGACAUCAGAAUGAUCUACACAACUACUCUGUCAGCUGUGGACACCAUCGAGCUGGAUCGUCUUAGAAACGAACUGCAGACUGUUAUGACGAGAAAUAAGAAUAUGGAGUCAGAAAUAUCGAAGUCUCAAUUGCGAUACAAAAUUGCUCAGGACCGGAUAAAGGAGCUCACGCAGAAAAUAACAGAUCUGGAGAGUGAGAGACGGCAUAUCAAGAGUGAGAUGAGGGACAGAGAUACUGGCCAAAGCAGCAGAAAAUUCCAUCUUGACAAUACUUUUGAGAUUGGCAAAGACGCCUGCUGCAGGGUCUUUGAUUACAACUCUUGGUACGGCUACUUAACUGUCUCCCAGAAGUCCCCUAACACAAUUUUCUCGGGAUAUGGAAUCAAGACAAUUGACACGCACAAGUACGAGCAGAUGCAGUUCACUCUGCUGCACAGCCAGGCAAUCAGGGACAUGGCUUUUCACCAAACGCAAAAAUCACUGUUGCUGUCAGUGAGCUUUGAUAAGACUGCAAAGUUGAUGGAUAUCCAUAACAAUCAGGUGGUGCACGGUUUUCCAGUGGAGUCGCAGGUGUGGAGUUGUUGUUGGACAGGGGAUAAUCCUAAUAUAUUUGUGGUGGGAACGCAGAAGGGACUGAUAACUCAGUUUGAUAUUCGACAGACUGCUGGGGCGUUGGAUACAUUGGAAAGUCCUGGGGACAGAUCACCCGUUGUAUCGCUGGCUACUGUGCCGCAGGGAUCCUCCAAUGGAGUGGCGAGAGGUGGUUUUUUGGCUACUCACUUGAACUCUUGCUAUGCUUAUGAAAUAAGGAACAAUGUUUAUGUGGCCAAGCAGAUGCUUCACGAGGGCCCAUUCACAUGUGUGCGUUAUGACUCGCAGAAUCAUCAUGCACUUAUCUCAUGUAGGCCCAAUGCAAGGAAUCCUUUCGCCAGGCACAUUGUUUUUUCGCUGGAAAAGGCAACUGAGAUCACCGUUAUUUGUAAUAAUGUGCAUACAUUUACGGCUGGAAAUGCUCAGAAUAUUCUGUCAAGACCUUGUCAUAUUAAUUUAGCUGAUGAUACUUUUGUGGCUGCACAUCAGGAGUCCAAUAAGAGUGUUCCCAUCUGGAGUGUUGCUACGGGAAAGGAGGUGCAGAGCCUUCCUGCUUCGACUCCUGUUAUUGAUUUAUGCUCAUUCAGACUGCAAAAUUCCGUUGUUCUUGGCGCACUGUCCGCAAAUAAACUCAGACUGUACAAUUUCGAUGAACCGUAAGGAGUAAUUCUGAUUUAGACUGAUAGGUCUGGUUAAUUAUAGGAUUUAUAAGGGUGGAGAUGUAAUUUUUUUUUUGUAUACAUUGUCAUGUGCAUCCGAGAGUAUGAACAAUACCUUAAUUGUAAUAUUGAGAAUGAAAACUUUUAUAUGAGGCAGAACCUGACGGAAUUUGAAUAAAGUAUGUUAUAAAUUUUGUAAUGAAAGGAAUGUUUUUUAUUUUAGCUACUCGUUGAUCUGGGGGUGAGGUACGAUGUGAUUAUUUUUUGAGCUUCAAAGUACUUUCCACGCUUCAUUUUUGGAAGUAACAACUAGCUACUGUCGGCUCGGAACUUCCAAACAAAAUCAUUGUUUUUUAAACUCAAGUCACAUUGAAUUUCCACAUUUUAAUUCCAAUAAAAUAAAGUAGAGAUUUUAUAAUAAAAUCAAAAACCAGUCUCUCCUCAAUGACUUUUAUUUCGCUUUAAUCGUCAUUCUCCUCUUUGGAAAACAGUCACCCCUGACGCUCUUGAGUUUAUAGAGAAUUAUUUAUUCAAUAAUCUGAUGUUUAUUUCAGCGGACAAUUGAUUAAAAAUCAUUUUGCAAUCGACCACUGUACAAUAUCAGAACAAAGGUUGCAGUAAUCUAUAGCAAAUCUCUUCUGAGAUUUGAUCCAAAGGCAUGCAUGGAAUCCCCUCGAUUACUCUUCAUGGUCUUCAAUAUGCGAAGAAUCAUUUAUCAAGUAAUUUCAUAUCUAUUUCCAUCAGUUGAUUCAUUUGAAAAUCAUGCAUGAAUUAACUACCAGCUGAUCUCAGAAAAAAAAUUCAGCAGCAGGUUUGCUUCUCAAUUGAAAACCUCUAUAAUAAAUUUUAUUUGAGUAAUGUGAAAAUAUGGAUGGAAUCCUCUGAGAAAACAUCAACUAAAUGUAUGUGUUAAUCUCCUUACUAGCACCAAGCGAACACAAAAAAUAUACAAAUCAUUUCUUCUUUUUAUAUUUAAAAGUUCAUAAACUGCGAUAAUAGUUUUUACAUGUUCAUAUCUAGCACUAAAUGAAUCACGAUUAUUGUUUUUCCAUCAAAUAUACACAAUUUCUUCAGCAAAGUAGAGGAAGUAAUGAAGUAAUUUUGAAACCAAAGAAUAAUAUCAGCGAUUGGCUUUUCGUUUUUUGUUCAAUUAUCGUACAUAAGUGAUUUAACCAGGAUUCAUGCCUAUUUUACAAGAAAAAAUGAUUU